UUCAUUGCAGACAGAACAUGGAACCACCGAGGACGAGUGUUUUACUUUUAAUAACCUAUCUAGGAAUUCUGGCAAAUGUUGAUGGCUUCAGAAACGUCGCUUUAGGCAAGCCAGCGUCGAUGAACGCAUAUCGAAAUAGAAACCCACCAUCGGCGGCAGUGGAUGGGAACUACACAACCUUCAUCCAUCCACCCGGUAGUCGAGUGGACCCCAUCAGUUGGUGGGAGGUGGACCUCCUCGACACCUACUACAUCGUCAGCGUCAGUAUCACAAACCGAGAGUGCUGUGAUAAUCGUCUAAGGAACUUUACAAUUGACUUAAUGUCUGACGCCCUGUCCGCAAGCCCGACCACCCGACUGUGCCACUUCUACCCAGGUACAAUUAGAAAGUCUGUCACUGAGAUCAUUGCAUGUGAUGACGUGCUGACCGCACGGAAGGUCAGGGUCUCCAUGGAGGACCGUCCUCUGGACUUUAGUGAGGUUUCCAUCAAGGGCCUACAUGCGUGUGGAGGUUUGCAGUUUACAUUGAAUGCUGGCAUCCGAAGACUGGACACUGCCUUGCGUCAGCUAAACGUGGAUUCUACGGCGACGUGUGCAGUACGCUGUCGAACGGAAAUAGAUUGCGACGCAUUCCAAACACUGACGUCAGCCCUCGGUGUGACGUGUCAACUUCUCGUUGGCCAAAAUGGGAAUACCGUCACUGAUAACACUUGGAAAUACUAUAGUUUUAUUGUAUGACCAUCUUUCCGUUGCAAAUGACGCAUGUUAUUUAAUUUCUUUAAUAAUAUGAAACAGACGAUUGUCUACCAAAACCCCAACGUCCCAUAACCCCUAAACCCCAAUACAGCUAAUUAACCUAUGGGAGUCGGUAAACAGUGGAGAAGGAAUACGCCGAGGUGAACAAUCAUAUUAUCUAUUGGAUGUGAUCAAAGAUACUUAUGUACUCCAAGGCGAAAUGAAGAGAUACCAUCAAAAUCAGGACAUAUUAUGUCCCCUGCCUUCACACCCAAACCGCAAUACUGGACAAUGUACACAGCUUCAGUGCCUGUUACCCUCCAUGAGACCACGUGGUUCACAUUUUUGCAGAUGGUCAGGACAGAGGCUUUGUGAGUUGGGUUUGCUCUUUUUAAACUUUGUAAGGAGAAGAAAGAAUGGUAGUUAUAGGAUAUAUUUACCAAGUGAAUGACACAUGUGAAAUAUUUAUAAUGUCUAUUAACAGUACAAUCAUAUUAUUUAUAUGUUCUAUUCUGCAUUAAGUGUACUGAAUGUUAAAUUGAAUGUUUUCAUAUAAUUGGCAUAUGUAUUUAUUUUUGUACAUUGAAUUCGUUUGAUAUUUUCAUUUCAUACAGAAACAGUAACACUAUACCCAGUCUAUUCUUGAUAACAGCACAAUACGAAAUGACAGUACGUGACGGAAAGGUGUUAAAUAUUUUGCUUGUAAUUAAGCACGGUAAAAGAUUAAUAUGUACAUCGUUUGCAAACGCUUAAAUAUUAUCAAAAUAAAGUUGAGUACACACACAAAAGAUUUGUAGACUUAAGAUAUGAAGUGCAGUUACGCAAACAAAAUGUUCACAUAUCAACAAAAUAUCACUCUUUAUGUGACAAUCACAAUUCAUUGCGCUGAGGAAUAAAGUAAUUAAAGCUAAUUAAUCCAUGAGAGUAGGGUAAAGUGGUGAAGAAAUAAAAAGUUUCUGAGAUUUAGUCAAAGAAAUGGCAAACAUUAUCAUGGCUGGUUUGACAAGUGUCGAGCUUUUAAUGCCACUUCGUUAAAUCAAAAUUGUUCUUUGUUGUCGAAUGUGCUUGUCAUAUAUUGUAAAAUAUUUUGUCAUAAACGUACCUCGAUAAAUUAUUAUCUCCUUACAACUUGGUUCACUGUUUCGGUUAAUCCAUUUAAUUAAAAAGGUAACAGACAGGUGAUUAGCUGUGAAUUCAACUGUGAACCUGUUACAAGCUGUAGGGGUUAUGGGAUGUAGGGGUUUAGUGACGAUACCGAACAGAUGAAAAGGAUGAUGGAGGUCCAUCUGAUGACGUUAUUUGAAAGCGUGCUCGGAUUUCUGAGUGUGUUGAUGAUAAGAUGACUGAGAUUGAUUUGGAUCCCAUUUCUGAUUCUGACACACAAUCGAUAUAAACAUACUUGUGAUGAAUACAUGACACUUUUUUAUGGAUAGCAACAUCUUUUAUUCUUUA